AUGCCUGGCAUCGUCUCGGCGACCGGCGUCCUCGCCUUUCUUACCGACGAGGAGCCCGAGCUCAAGGUCUUUGCCUUGCAGACACUCAACGACGAUAUAGAUACUGUCUGGACCGAGGUUGCCGCCGUGUUGACCCAGAUUGAGGCUCUCUACGAGGAUGAAUCAUUCCCCGAGCGCCAACUCGCUGCUCUUGUCCUCGCCAAGGUCUACUAUCACCUUCAAGCAUACAAUGAUAGCAUGGUGUUCGCCCUCGCCGCUGGUGAUCUUUUCAAGCUCGAUUUGCCGGGAGAGUUUGAGGAGACCAUCAUUUCCAAGUGCGUCGACCAGUACAUUGCCGUCACCGCUGCGAAGAAGUCGAUCCCCAAACUUUCGAAGACGACCGAUCUCCCAGAGCUAGCUACUACCUUUGCAAGCGGUGCUGAGGGUGCUGUUAUGUCCCCUACCACACCCUUCUCGCAAACAACUCUGCCCCCGAAGUCACUUCUUUCUCGCGACUCGAUCGACAAUACCAUGCUUGAGGCGACUUUCCAGCCUGCUUUCAAACAAGGCCGAUCUGGUUCUAUCGCCGAGCUCCCCGAUCAGGCCACCGGCUCACUGCAACGAGUCAUUGAUCGACUUUUCGAGAGCUGCUUGGAGAAGGGCCGAUACCGACAGGUUGUUGGCAUCGCAGUGGAGGCCAAGAACCUAGAUGUUCUACGAAGCGUCAUCAAGCGGGCUAGCGAUGAUGAGAAGAAGGCGAAGUCCAACCCUCUCGAGAACUCUCCUGGUCCAGCUGAGGAUCUGAUGGAGUACACACUGGGUAUCUGCAUGGACAUUGUCCAGGAGAGGGGCUUUCGAACGGAGAUCUUAAGGCUGAUUCUUGAUCUCCUUAACGAGAUUCCCAACCCUGACUACUUCGCUAUUGCCAAGUGUGUUGUUUACCUGAACUCAGAUGAUGAAGCCUCCCGCAUGCUACGCGACCUCGUUGAGAAAGGCGAUCGUUCUUCCAUCGCCAACGCCUACCAAAUUGCUUUCGACCUCUACGACAAUGGCACUCAAGAGUUCCUAGGCAAGGUUUUGGCGUCGCUACCGACCCCCAAUGUCACCAAAAAGGAGACAGACGAGAGUGGCGAGCAGGCCAACGAGAGCGAAUCGCUUCUCGAAAACAAGCAAGAAGCACCCGAGAACGAGCUUCCUGAGCAAGUCUCUAAAGUAUAUAGCAACAUCCGCGCUAUUCUUGAUGGCAGUAAGACAAUCCGCCUCAACCUUGAGUUCCUCUACCGCAACAACCGAACCGAUUUAAGCAUCCUCAACAAAGUCCGUGACAGUCUCGAAGGACGCAACUCUAUCUUCCACACUGCUGUCACUUUCUGCAACGCCUUCAUGAACCAAGGAACUACGAAUGACAAGUUCUUUAGAGACAACCUGGAGUGGUUGGGUAAAGCUGUGAAUUGGUCCAAGUUCACGGCUACUGCCGCUCUGGGAGUCAUCCACCGUGGAAACCUCUCUCAGUCGAGAAAGCUGCUCGAGCCUUAUCUUCCCAGACAGGGUGGGCUCAGCAGUGGUUCCAUCUUUAGCCAAGGUGGUGCGCUGUAUGCUUAUGGACUGAUUCAUGCCAACCACGGAGCUGAGGCCCUGAGCUAUCUGAAGGAGCAGUUUGGUCAGGCAGAGGAGGAGGUUGUUCAGCAUGGUGGUGCUCUUGGUCUCGGUAUCGCAGGAAUGGCCACUGGUGACUGGGAAGUCUUCGAGAAGCUUCGAGAAAUCCUUUUCCAAGAUUCAGCCCUCAACGGUGAGGCUGUUGGUCUAGCUAUGGGUCUCAUCAUGCUUGGCACAGGAAACGUUAAGGCUCUGGAGGAUAUGAUUACAUAUGCGCACGAGACUACACACGAGAAGAUUGUUCGUGGUCUUGCCAUUGGCAUGGCUCUGAUCAUGUUUGGCCGCCAAGAGGGAGCCGAUGUUCUCAUUGAAGGACUCCUCAACGACCCCGAUCCCACUCUGCGCUAUGGUGGUAUCAUGACUGUUGCUCUUGCCUACUGCGGUACCGGCAGCAACAAGGCUAUUCGAAAGCUUCUCCACACUGCUGUUAGCGAUGUUAACGAUGAUGUGCGCCGUAUCGCUGUUAUGAGUUUGGGUUUUAUCCUCUUCCGCAAGCCUGGCAGUGUGCCCCGAAUGGUGGAGCUUCUCUCCGAAUCCUACAACCCCCAUGUCCGAUACGGUUCCGCUAUGGCGCUCGGUAUUUCAUGUGCCGGCACUGGCCUUGAUGAGGCUAUCGAUUUGCUCGAGCCUAUGAUGAAGGACCCUACAGACUUUGUGCGACAGGGUGCUCUUAUCUCUCUGGCAAUGAUUCUUGUCCAGCAAAAUGAGGUGAUGAACCCCAAGGUCUCAUCGAUCCGAAAGACACUCAAGAAGGUGGUCGGCGACCGCCACGAAGAUGCCAUGACUAAGUUUGGUGCUGCCUUGGCUCUCGGCAUCAUUGAUGCUGGUGGCCGUAACUGCACCAUCGGCCUCCAGACACAAACUGGCAACCUAAACAUGGCAGGCAUUGUUGGUAUGGCUGUCUUUACUCAAUACUGGUACUGGUUCCCCUUCACUCAUUUCCUGUCUUUGAGUUUCUCUCCCACUUCUAUCAUUGGGCUCGACCACGACCUCGAGAUGCCUGAUUUCAAGUUCCACUGUGCCACCCGACCAAGCCUCUUCGACUAUCCUCCUGAACAAGAAGUUAAGACCGAGGAGGGUCCUGCUCUGAUUGCCACUGCAAUCUUGUCAACAACCGCGCAGGCCAAGCGACGAGCUCAGAAGAAGGAGCGCGCUCAGCGAACAGAGAGCAUGGAUAUCGACAACGCACCCGCUAAGAGCGGUGGCGACAAUAUGGAUGUCGAUGAGGAGAAGAAGACCGAUGAGGGCAAGGACAAGAAAGACGAACAAGAAAAGGAAACUUCUGCUGCCGCAGAUAGCAAGAAGAAGCCAGAGAAGGAGAAGGUUGGGUAUGAGGUUGAGAACAUGACUCGAGUUCUUCCUAGCCAGCUCAAGUACAUCAGUUUUCCCGCUGGCCGAUAUAAGCCUGUCAAGAAGCCCACUGGCGGCCCGCUACUGCUCAUCGACAGCCAACCUGAUGAAGAAAAGAGUCUGCUCGAAGAGAAGCUCAAGAAAGUCACGACCGAACGUGCCCCCGUCGCCGGUCAGCAAAAUGCCAGAGGCGGGCGAUCUGGUGGUCAGGGACGGUCUAUUCUUGAUGGCAUUGCCGACGCUCAGCGUGGAUCAUCCAACAGUGCCAUGAUUGGACAGUUACUACGUAACCAAGGUCGACCACCAUUUGGUCUUCUCGGCUCUGAACCCCCCGAAACCCCUGGUGGCAACGGUGGCUCAGGCGCUGCUGCUGCAGCAGGUGUACUGACUGCCGUCGACGAGGACUCUGAUGAUGACGAAGAAGCCAAGACUCCUAAGGAGUUUGAGUACUUUACUGAUGCUGAGAACUCUGACGAUAGCGACUAA